UAGUUGGAUAUUCACAAGUUGUCGAGACACCCAACCGUGCGGUCGAACGCUCGCUCACGCAACGUCGCGGUGUUGUCCGCGUUCUCCGUGCACACCCUUGAGUGAGAGAGAGAGAGAGAGAGAGGACGGCACACGCGCACACCACACCGCGGUCCGUCACGUCGUCGUGAGUCAUUGUUGUGUUGACAGUCGAAGCGGGCUGUGGUCCCCUCGUGCGAGAACGCGAUACGCACUGUGCGCGCGCGCGCGGAGUCGCUCGCUUUUUUAACGCGGAGUAUCGGUGAACGCCGCGUCGCGCAACGUGUCUCUCUUGCGCCUCGGCCGAUCGCGGUCAACGGCGACGGAGCAUUUACGCGUCGCUGUUCGCAAAGUGUUCUCGUCAGCUACUGUGGGUGCGAGGUGCACAACGUGCAUCGCGGAACGACGUGUCAGUGAGAGAGAGAGAGACAGAGAGAGAGAGAGAGAGAGAGAGAGAGAAAGAAAGAGAGAUAGACGGGCAGCGUGCGCGUGAAAUAAGACAGUCAUCGCAGUUGGAUUUUUGCGCACAGUCGCUCGCUCGCGCGCGCGCGCGCGCAUGGUUAUGUAAUCGCGCCGUGACGCGGAGCAAAGUGUGUUUGUACGCGACGUAGCAGAUAGUCGGUUGGAGAGAGAGAGAGAGAGAGGAGAGAGAGAGAGAGAGAGAGAGAGAGAGAAACGGAAAAAGAGGAAAGACGCACGACUCGAGUCUUGCGCUUUGACUCGUUGGGGUCCUCGAGUGCGAGGAAUCACAAGUCCGGCAAAAGCAGAACCUCGCCGAGCGGGGAAAAACCCGAGGAAGCCGCUCGUCGGCUCGACUCGCCGACGGCUAGCAGCAUCUCAGUAUCAGCAUCGGCAGCGUAGCGCAGCAGCGGCAGCAGGAGCGAGACAAGCCAUCUCCGUGGUAUUCCAUCGAGCGGCGGGUAACCAGUCCGGCGGCAUCGAUGGUUCGCAGCCUGGCGAUGGAGCAGACGUUCUACGAGGACGCGAACGCCUACGGAGCGAUGAAUCGGGAGAACAACGUGGGCCAGCUGAAGCGUAACCUCACGCUCGACCUAAACGGCUGCCAGAGGCAGGGCCCGCAGGCGAAGAGGCCGCGGCUGGGCCCGUUGCCACCGACGCUCAACAGCGUCACGCCGAUCCUCGCCUCGCCGGACCUCAAUAUGCUGAAGCUCGGCUCGCCCGAGCUGGAGAAGCUCAUCAUGGCGCAGCAAGACAACCUGGUCACUAGCCUGCCCACCCCGACCACGCAGAUACUGUUCCCUAAGACCGUGACCGAGGCGCAGGAGCUGUACGCGCGUGGCUUCGUCGACGCGCUCAACGAGCUCCAUCACUCUGACAGCUCGCAGGAGCCGGGCAGUAUUCAUGGCGCGACCUACACCACCCUGGAGCCACCCGGCAGCGUGCAGACCAGUACGGACUCGAGCACCAUGAGCCAGGGCGGCCUGUUGCAUGUGAAGGACGAGCCGCAAACGGUGCCGAGCGUGUCGAGCUCGCCGCCGAUGUCGCCGAUCGACAUGGAGAACCAGGAGAAAAUCAAGCUGGAGAGGAAGCGCCAGAGGAACCGCGUGGCCGCCUCCAAGUGCCGGCGGCGCAAGCUCGAGCGCAUCUCCAGGCUCGAGGACAAGGUCAAGGUGCUGAAGGGCGAGAACCACGAGCUCUCAGCGGUCGUGGUCAGGCUUAAGGAGCACGUGUGCCGGCUGAAGGAACAGGUCAUGGACCACGUGCACUCUGGCUGCGCGAUCAUGAUCAACGAACACGGCAGCCAGCAGUUCUGAAGCUCUCUCACUCUCUUUCUCCCGGCCUUCGGGACGGCAGCGGCCGCUACGACUUGAGAGAGAGAGAAAAAGAGAGAGAAAGAGAGAGGCACACCCGGGGCUGCUCCGCGACUGGCUCUCUCCAUCAUGUCCUCGUCCUGCGUAGUCGAGGAUUGAUUCGCAAGGGAAGAAACAGCAACUUUUGCCAUAAGCUGCCGCUCAUACUGUGUGCUUUCAAUUCCGCUUGGCGAAUGUGGAAGACGAGGAAGUCCUUCCUUGGAGCGGAUCCUUCCUACCUGCGACUAAGAAGGACUCGACAGUUCCGAAAGAAGUUCGUCUUCGCCCGUUGGUGUCGUCGUUGGAAUCACUCCUGUGACGUCUCGGUGUCCUGCAUCCUCGGAGGAAGAGGAAGCUUUCACUAGGACGAGAGGAAGAGAGGGAGGGAAGGAGUCGACUCGCAGUUUUUUCUGUAAGUUCUUUUGUGACGCGACCAGGAGGAGACGACGACGACGACGGUAGGAGCAGCAGCGAACAGGCGGAGCAGGAGGUGGAGUACGACGACGAGGAGGAGGUGAUGAUGGUCGAGGUGGAGGAGGAGAGGAAGGAGUGCCUUCGUGUAACGUGCUAAAGGAUGCGACGGGCGUGCACGCAUGUGAGGAACUGUACGCGCACCGUCGCGAUGGGCGAAUGUGCAUGUGUGUAUGUGUGUGCGUGUGCGUGUGAGAAAGAGAAUAUGCGUGUGUGCGAGAGAGAGAGAAAGAGAGAUAGAUAGAGCGAGCGAGCGCGAGAGGGGAGAGCAGCGCGGCGGCCAUUUUGGAGAACGCCAGAGUGUCGGCGGGAGAUUCGAAUCUACGGAGGCUGGAGCUCUCUUCAGGCUCUUCUUCCGAUUGUCGUCGAGCGACUCGUAGUCUCGUUUUCACGACACGCCUCGCACGACUUGUUCGUUUUGUACCUUGGACCUUUGCUCGGGCGACGUCCAUCGCCCGGUUGUUUUGUAAAUUGUCGGCAUCGGCCAUUUGUAAGCCAUCGAGCUUUUUUCCCACGGCGACGCGCGCCGCUACGGCUUUUCUUGUCUCGCUGAAGGAGCAGGACAAAUGCCGCCCCACGCUUGGGCGUAUUUCGGUUUUCUUUCGGCGGCGCCGAACGCACCCUGACGCCACGAGACGUUCACUUUGCGUGCGACCUAACUGCAACUUUGGUAAAACAGAAGAAACGCUUCGUUAACACAGCUAACCGUACCUUUACAGCUACUCCUCCUCUCACGAGGUGUUUCUCGGAUUUCGCGGUGACUAAAUUUUGCGCAAGGCCCAUGCGACACCGACCGGGGUCUCACCGCCGGAUCCGUUUCACGCUGGAGGAGAAGGGGGGGACGGAGGAGUGGCUGUACUUGGGUUCUUAUCGUAUGCGCGAUCUGUAAAAGUGAAUAUCUUGUACAACGUUGCGACGCGCCGUGCAGGUGGAUCAGUCUGAAGGGAAGUGACUCGAUCCUUGCAGAGUCCGGUACCGACCGUUAAUCGCAAUUCAAUGUUGAUUAUUUGCCUCGUGCAAUCGCAGCGACUGGUAUUAUUGUUUGGCACCAACGCCGCAGAAGUUGCAGGGUUGGCGCUGUUGAAUCUUGACGCGACAACAGUUGCCAUAUAAUGUCACGGUUGUCAAAAUAUGUUGAUAGCAUUACUUCCGAAGCGUGAUGAAUUCUCGCUUCACGCGGACUCCUUCUGCAAGGAUCAACCGCGUGGAUAUCGAAGUUUUCUAUAUUUUUACAGAGGUUGACUUUUCAAUGCGGAUCAGACGUGAACGCUCUCGAAUCUUUCUCGAGCAGUUGUAAAUAACGCGAUGUGAAUUUGUGGCCAUAUUUAUUCUGGAAACUUCCGACGAAGGAAUCGCGUCGGCUCAAGCGCAAAAUGUUGCUCAGGGUUGUGCUUCCCUUCAGAUCACUCGUCCGUCGCACUGUGCGCAUUGUCGUUUUUACAAUGUAUCGACCACGGCGAUCACGUUUGUUAUCGCUCUUCUUUCGAGAUUAGCUCGGCCCGGACGGGGAUACGACGUGCGUUUUAUAUGGAACAAUCCAGGGGGGAGAAGGGGCAGAGUACACCGAGGCGCGAUUUACGUCGGCGGGAACCGCGCGCGCGCGCACGCGCACUACUUGUGAUAAGCGCAAUCAAACCAGGAGAGAUCACGUUUUGCCUUGCAUCGUCGCGCCGCAUUUUUCGCGAGCGUCGAAAGACUCGGGUCCAUUCCGCUAGCUUGGUGCUCGCACGAAUAAAAUCGACGAAUCCUCGACACGAUCCUGAGCAGGAGUAUGCGCGGUGCUGCAUACUAUAGUUUUGCAAAAGAAAAAAGGACAGAAACAAAAGAGAAACGUCAGCAUCAGGGCGGUUCGUUAUAGUGACGCGUGUUCUGCGAGAUGUUCGACUCGUCCGACAAGGAAGAAGGAAGAAGCAGCGCGAGAAAAAGCGAUCGCGCCAGUUUCACAGAGCGCGUGUUUCUUUUUCUUUUAUUUUUCCUUUUUUCAUUUUUCUCACAAACGAAGCCGCCACGAAGACGGGACUUGCGAAGAGAAGUUUACUGUGAUAAAACCGUUUCGUCGCUAGUACGAAAUGCGCGAGAAGCCGAGGGGGAGGUGAUGAGAGAAAGGGGGGGGAGAGAGGGAAGAUGAAUGACAAAGAGCGAAGAGAGAUUAAUAUAUAUUAAAAUAUUCAAUUAUUAUAUAUAUAUAUAUAGUGUAUAAAAUAAAUGUAUUUUAAACCCAGAGAUGGGUAGAAGGAAACAAUCACUGAGAUUUAUAGAGAGACAAAAUUGCAUAAUAUAAUCGCGCGCAACGGAGAUCGUUUCUGCGAACCGAUUGAUCGACGGGACAACCGCGGAGUGAGAGAGAGAGAGAGAGAGAGAGAGAGAGAGAGAGAAAAGGGGAGAGAAGGGAGAUGUCUGUAUGUCGGGUCUAUUUUGGAAGAGGUAUAAAGCGGAAGACGCGCGUUCACUAUACGUCUCGCCCAUGCAGCCGACCUAACUAACUCGUCUCGUCCGUUUCUUCGAUUUUUCAUCCGACGUGUCUCUUCGCCGUCCCGCCAACGACCCCCCGUCGGGCCGAUCGAAGUGGCAGCCUCGUUUUGAAAGUCCGCUUUUGAAAAGGAAGAAGAAGGCAGAAAGUAGCGCUAUUAAAGCUGUACACACUCACAUACACACAAGUAGAGUAGAGGAUCUCCGGGAGGGAAAAAGAGAGCGAGAGAGAGAGAGAGAGAGAGAGAGAGGGCGGCUCUCGUUGAACUUGUCAUCGGAGGAUCGCACGCGCGAUAAGAAACACGGCGCGUGUCGCGCGAUCGGCGCGAUUACGCGUGAUUAUCGAGGCACAUGGAGCAUUCUGGUUUCGUGAUAAUGGCGCAUAAUUACGGCCGAUCGGUCGCGUCGUGCGUGCGGCAGCCUUGUGAAAUAUCCGAACGACUAAUCGCGAUUGCCUCGGCUCGCGAAAUAUCCGACUAAUCGGCCGGCCGGCCGGCCGGCAGUGCUUCGAAAGCGCGGCCGUUUCGAUGAUAAUUUCGCGGUCGCGGUCGCGAUUCGACGAUGGACUACGCGAAGUGUGUCGCGAUAAUUUCAGGCGACGGCGCGAAGGCCGAGUCGACCGCCGCUGCCGUCGUCGCCGUCGCCAGCGUCUCUUAUCCGUGACGAUAAAAAGGCGAGAGAGAGAGAGAGAGAGAGAGAGAGAGAGGACAAAAGGAAUUCGCCGGUUGCGGCACGCACGGACUCUCCGGGAUGCCCCGAAGCUCUUUCCCUGUAGCUCCUAAGCCGAGGACGAUCGCCGCCGUCGGUCGUGUUCUCCUUGUUCGUUGCUCGCCUGUUCGUUCGGUUGUGUGGUCCCUCCGCGCGACCGAGUUCGCCACGACGCAGCGUGAAGACUCCGUUUCGUCAUAUGUGCAUCUAGUCUUGUCCGGUAUGCCGAGCUGCGACUCGCGCGAAACCGCACACGUAUACACGCGCACAUACACGCGCACACACACACAAAACACACAGCACACGAGUGCGUUUCUCUCAUCCAAAUCAGACGAGAGCGUCUUUUCUUUUUUUUCUCUUUUUUACGGAAAAAAUCUUUUUCAAAAUUUGAAAGCCCUCAAAUUUGAGAACUCCCCCCUCCCCCUCCCUACACCCAUUCCACGAUUUUUCUGUGAGGAAGCUCUCGGGCCGAACGUGCAGAGUUAUUUCUGCACGGUCAGCCGCCGAGAGGACGCCCUUCAUCCCCCUGCUCGGUCCGAUUGUCGUCGUAGCUUUGUACUUUGUAAGAUACACGUAUGAUAAAUUUUAGUGCAAGGAGUCUCUCCCCGUCUCAGGCCUCUUGGAAUCCGAGAGAGCGGAGUCUCGGUGCGCGCAGGUUGACAAGCGUUAUCGCGAUAACGGCAAUAAAUCCGCUCGCCGCGCCUUUCCGCGACGCCAGGUAACCAGAGUCCGAUCCUUCGGCUCGAUUUUCUGCGAGGUCUAUACGAAAAUCUACACGAGACCUUCGCCGAGCUUUCUGCCUCUUGCCGACGAUACCGAGUGUUGUCCCCCCGGCUCUUUUUCCCCUAGGACAAUAACUCGUCCUUUUUCCCUUUUGUGCAAUGCGUAUCUUUUGGGACGCUUUAGGCCAGAAAUCACAUCGAUAGGGAAUCGAGCGGAAGGAUCAAAGCCGCGGCGCGGCUCGUGAGAGAAAGAAGAGCGUGCAAUAG